CUCUCGGAGGCCAUUUUCUGUCGGGAUGAGCUUUUGCGGUGGUCGGUGAGGUCCCGUCACUGCAGCAGCACAGGAACGAAAAAGAAAUGGCGGAAGCUCUGCAGCUGCCGGUUAUAGACUUGUCCUCCCCCGAUCGUCUCUCCUCCGCCAACUCAAUCCGUCAGGCUUGCAUCGAAUACGGUUUCUUUUACCUCUCGAAUCAUGGAGUGAAGGCAGAGCUACUCAGGGAAGUGCUUAGCGAGAGCCGGAAGUUUUUCUCGCUGCCCGUCGAAGAGAAGAUGAAAUUGGCACGCAAAGAGCACAGAGGUUAUUCGCCACUCUACGACGAGAAUCUAGACCCCGCAUCGAGCUCCAAAGGUGACUCGAAGCAGAGUUAUUACGUUGGUCCCCUCGAUGAUCCGAUGGAUCAAAUCAAGCUGAAUCAAUGGCCUCCAGAAGAUAUACUGCCAUCUUGGAGACCCACAAUGGAAUCAUACUACAGAGAACUGGAAUCUGCAGGAAAAAGGUUGCUCUCUUUGGUUGCCUUGUCACUGAGUCUGGAUGAAGACUUCUUUGUGAGAGUUGGGGGCUUGGAUAAACCAACAGCUUUUCUUCGUCUCCUGCAUUAUCCAGGUGAUGCCAUCGCAUCUGGAGAAGAAAUAUAUGGUGCAUCUGCACAUUCAGACUAUGGAAUGAUAACUCUUCUGGCAACUGAUGGUGUUCCAGGACUCCAGAUCUGCAGGGACAAAUCUAAACGCCCAUUUAUCUGGGAGGAUGUUCCUCAUAUAGAAGGGACCUUCAUUGUGAACAUUGGUGAUAUGAUGGAGAGGUGGACUAAUUGCUUGUUCAGGUCAACUCUUCACCGGGUGAUGCCAACAGGACAAGAACGCUAUUCAGUGGCGUUUUUCUUAGAUCCAGACCGAGAUUGCAUUGUUGAGUGCCUACCAAGUUGCUGUGGCGAGUCAUGUCCUUCAAAGUUUUCUCCGAUUCGCAGUGGUGACUACCUAAAAGAGCGGCUUAGGGUUACUUACGGGUUUGCCACAUAAUUAAGGUACGGUACGAUGAGAUUACUGGUGCGGCACGGUUGGUUGAUCGAACCAUCUAUGACUCAGAGACUCAUUUCCUAUUUGAUCCCUCUGAAUUCCAUAUUUAUGACUCAGAGACUCAUUUCCAAUUUGAUCCAUCUGAAUUCCAUAUUUGAAGUUGCGAUCAGAUUGUGCAAUAGGUAGACACGAUAUCAUUUGGGUUGAUUAGUUGUUCUUGGGCAGGGAGUGAAGAGCACGGAAGCCUUAGUAAGUUAUCCUCGAACCUCUGAGAGGAGGGAUGGCGCCAAAACCGAGUUGCAAUGUUCUCCGGACUUCGUUUCUUUCCUCCAAACAUCAUUGUUGACGAGAAAAACAUGGAUAUGUACAUUUGCAAUGACUCGUAUAUCUAUGAAUUUGGUCCGUCAUGUUAUAUUAAUGUCUCGACCUUUUUUCUAAUCAUUA